AUGCUGCGCACCCCCAACUGCGCGCGGUGCCGCAACCACGGCUACCUGGUGGCAGUCAAGGGCCAUGCCGGCAAGUGUCGCUGGAAGCAGUGCAAUUGCGAGAAGUGCUUCCUCAUUACCGAACGCCAGAAGAUCAUGGCCGCGCAGAAGAUGCUCAAGAAGCAGGCCUCCGAGGAGGACCGGGAGCUGGCCUCCAGGGCCGCGGCCAUCGGCCCGGCCUCCAGCCUGCGCCCGCUGCCUCCGCUCACCGCUGCUGGCGACCUGGAGCCGGGCCCCGGGGGCCGCGUGGCCGCCUACCUGCUGGAGAGGCCCCCGCGUGGCCCCAGCCCGGGCCCCAGUGCCUUCCAGCCGGUCUUGGGUGGCCGCGGCCACAUGGGCCCGAGCGACCUGGCGGCCGUGGCCAGGCCCAGCUCCGUGAGGCCCCUGCUCGGGCCGGAGGCCGCCGCGGGCCAGGGAGGUGCCGGUCCCCAGGAGCCGAGCCGGCCUCUGCAGCCCGUGCCCAUGCCGCCGCUUGCUCUUUUAGGGCUCUCUGUGAGCAUCAACUCGGAUGCUAUGGUGCGGUCUGAGUACCUGGAGAGAGAGCCUGCCAAGCUGUAUCCCAGCUGCCCCGGCCUGUUCUCCUACCGCCCAUUCCCGAUGGGCUACCAGGACCCACCCCCAGGCCUGGGGAUCUCCGUGCAGCAGGGCUUCCGGCAUGUGUCCUUCAGCCACUACCACGGAGGAGGCUCGGUGCCGGAGCCAGUGGACAACUUCCAGCCGAGCUACCCCCCGCUGCCACCACCACUGCCACCACCGCGCCCACUGCUGCCGCCACCAUCACCCCUGCUGCCGCCGCCACCGCCGCCGCCUCCGCCACCGCCACUGUCGCCCCCGCCCCCCAUCCUCCCUCCAGGCUUCCUCGCCGGCAUCCACUUCCUCCCGCCGCCCCCGCCGCCCCCGCCACCAGCGACUUUCUCCCUGGCCGUCCUGUCUGAGGGGGAGCAGGAGGCCGCGGAUGACCAGGCUGAAGCGGUGCCACCUGAGCCCAGCCAGCCAGCAUCUCAGGAGCAGUCCAACUAGGCCCGCCUCCGGCCGGGAACACGGGCAGUGGGAGGGCGGCAGCAGUGGUUUUCUUGUCCGUGUUCAGGGGCCUGUGGGAGGGUGGACAGUGAUAGACAUAACAUAGUUAAUUUUCAUUUCAAGAUAGGGAGGAAAGAGGAGGGUUCUAAGUUUCAAUCCUGAACUGUGAGCUGAGCAGGAGAAUGGAGGAUGAAGUUAACCAGGACUCUGAGGAGUGGGGGCUGGUGGGAACUCCGUUUAGGAAUGAAUUUAACCAUCUCUGGCUGUGCUGCCCGUUGGCGACUCGCCCUCGGAAGCGUUCUUUGAUUUUCGAGGGCCCCACGGCAGGACAGGAGGCACCAUGCAUUUCAGCCUUCUGCCUCCGCUGGUCCCGGGCUGGCAGCACAGACAUCAGGCUUCCAGCACACGCAGUGGCUGGUGCGGGCAGCCAGGACCAGGGCACUGACAGCGGGUUCUGAGUGUCCUUCUCCGCUGCCCGCCUCCUACUGCCCCUCGCCCCUCUCCAGGGGCCUUUCCUAGGGAGCAUUCUGACCCCUGGGGCUACUUCACCCCCUCCACAAAGUUUAAGCCAUUUAUAGGCAUCGUUUCUGGUUUUAAAAAAAUGCAUUAACGUUUUACCAUUCGGUGUUUUUAUAGUGAUUGCCAGCUUUAAAAAGUAGGCCAUUUGUAAGCACAGAUACAGCUCUCAGAAUAGAGUGGUGCUUCCAAAAUACCUGCGAUCUCAGAAAUUCUUCUCUGGGGCCAGUUGACUGUUGAAAUAAAAUUCGCAAUAGAAAUCCGUGUGAAAAUUUAUUGUGUUUAAAUCCACGUGGAAGGCAGUGUUGGGUAGAGGAGUCGGGACCCGGCUUUGCGGCCUGUCAGCCUGCUUCUGGGCACUUGCUUAGGCCAGUCCUGCCCUGCACCUCUUCCCUUCCCUUCAGUUACCAAGUGACUGGGGCCAGACUCUCUUCAGUUGUUGUUGUUAUUAUUUUAAGAAAGGAAAUUUUAGGAAAAUUUAGGAAAUCUGAUGUAGACACAUAAAAUGUAAAGAUGUCUUUUUGUUUCCCGUCCCCAGCUCCUGUCCUGGUCCCUGCAGAGGGGCAUGGCUUUAAAAUACAGAACGUGGUCCCAUCCUGCUGCUUAGGAUUUAGGGGC